GAGACGAUUGUAUUUUUUAUUUUUAUUUUUUUGACCAAGAGCUUAUUACAAUGACACCCGUAAACUGUGAAGCAUGGCUGUUAUUCAUGGUAUGUCAGUGUUGAAGUGCACUGGUACAGGAGACCGCUCUGACAAACAGUAAACACUGGGCCCUUCAGUUGCUUGUUAGAAGCAUGUGUUCCUGGUCGCCUAGCAACAGAGCAGAACAUUCUGCCCUAAACUCCCAGAGAGAGCUGCUUUCCCUGCUUCACAGCUUCUGCUGUGUUAUUCAUGUGUGACAAACCCUUACAAAUGGAUGUGUCAUAUGCCUCUUACAUGAUAGAAAUAAUAAACCUAGAUAGAUCCCUUUCAAAACUUGGGAAAUUUAUUGUGGAACUCAUUUAAUUUAAUACCUUAGGAGAAAUUAAAACACAUAUGUAUGUAUGCAUACAGUACAAAAGUACAGAGUACAAUAAUUGUGGAUAGCAGCUCAGAUAACUUGGCCUUUUAAAAUAUGUAUGAAAGUUCAGAUUUUUGAUCAGAGAAUUUGAUGAACAAACUCAUUGAGAUUUUUUUUUUUCAAUAUGAAAAAAAUCAGUAAAUGUAAAUAAUGAAUCAAAGAGCAAACAAAUAGCAGAAACUUGUGUAUCCAGUCCUUUGAUUAAUAGUUAAAUAGUAUUAGUAUCUAAGCAACGCUUGUUGUUGUUGAGGUGUCCAUUACAGAAGACAAUCAGGAACGACAGAACUAUGGCCACAGGAAGAGAGAAAACAUUACCCAAAGGAAAAUAUAUAGAUGGGAAACAGAAAGAAGAAACGUACACUGACAGAAGUGGUUGGUGGAGAAACACUAUUAAGAACUAUCCCAUUCCUGGCAGUUACCACAUCCGAGACUUCAUAGAGGAGACAGGACUGAACCCGGUGCCUAAGACGUACAGCUUCAAGGGCCCCAGGCGAAACACCCUCAUGUCGACUGUGCGUCGAGGGGAUCUGCUGUUGCCCGGGGCAUAUAACUUUACUGACUCAACCAAUGAGGCUCUGCGACGCCAGGCAACUUAUUCUUUCAAAAACUGCCCCAGACCUGACAACCACACUUUAGGACUCAGAGAUAAGGAUAUUAACCUGUCACCCGGUCAGUAUGAUGUUACAGAGAAGCCUGUCCCCAAAUCACCCUGCAAACACGUGAUGUUCCGAUCAGCUGUUCAGAGGGUCAGCUUUCUCCCGAAGGAAGGACCAGCGCCUGGACAUUACAACCCAAGGCCAAGCACAGGCAUUGCAGUCACUUCCUGCUUUAGGUCUACAGUACCACGGCUGUACAGUGUGCACUCGGGAACUCCCGGCCCAGGUGUGUAUGAGCCCAUGUGGCACAAAGGCCAACGGCUCAGCACUGAGGUCAAAGUGGACUGGGCCUAUGACCUCCUUUUUCGGAACACACCAUGAACUUUGCCCUCCUGUUUGUCUUUGACCUUCCCAUAUGUAUUCCUUCUAGUAAUAUUUUCCAUUCUUUUGAAAGAAGGGUGUUGCCAGCUGGCAUGUGACUGACCUUGUUGAAAUAUGGUUGAAAUAAUGUUAGUUGUUGUUUUAAAUAUGUUAAUGUUUAAUGCUAAAUUGUUGUAAAAAGGUUAACAAAAUAUGUAUACAUUUUAUCAAGAUCUGUAUGAAAUGACAUUGAAACAACAUUGUGAUAUUAACAGUGAUUUGGUUUAAAAAAAUCUAUCUCUGCUAUCUCUAAAUGCUAUCUCUGUUAUGUCAUUAGCUUUGUGAUGACUCUCACACUCACAUAACUCAUUCAGCCUGAACAAAGAGAUCAUUGUCACACAAUAAAACUGCUGUUUACAACACUCUCGCACAAUAGCUAGAUUAACCCUAUUGUCGAGGCCCUGAAUAAUUCUGCUGACAUUAAUUAUAAUGCACAUGUGGGUUGUAUAGGCCUAUAUUUAUAUAUCUAAGGAAUAAAUGUAAUCUAUAUAGUUACUGUAUGGUCCAAAAGUCUGAGGUCAUGAGUAAAAAAUGCAUAAAUUUCCCAUUUUUCUAAUUUAAUACAAAAUGCUUAAAGGUGGAUUCAGUUGUUUGGUGCUAAUUUAAAAAGUUGUACACAUUAAGAAAUACAUUGUGUUUUUGUGGAGUCAUAUGAAUGUUGUACACUCACAUGAGAUGAAGACUGUACUCAUAAUAGUAUUCUAUAAAAAGUAUUUUAAUUAUAAAUGACCCACGCUGUUUUACUAAACUUCAGAUAGUAUCCUCACAUUCUUUGGCUGUCGCCAUAUGGUAGUAGUGUUAUUUGCUGAUACAAAAAGUGAAAAUCAGGCAACGGAACACAUUAUUGUGCUUUACGAGCAGAGACAAUGGGAGAAUCAGUACCUGUGUGGCCCGAGAAGCAGAAAAGAUCUGAAACGAGAAGACAGAAUAACCGUCAAAGACAAAAAUAAAAGAGAAUGUGAACAUCAGUGUGACAUAAACAAGGUGGAAAGAUUUGAAGAAAGAAAAUCCUGAGUAGCCCAAAUUGUUGGACAUGUGAGGGAAUUAAUUAUUGUGCAAAUCACUCUCUAUAACUUGCUAGUGCAUAAAACUCAUCAUUAUGGCGAAAGAUGGCAGCACACCUUGUGGUAUUGGUACUUAAAGUCGGCAUGAAAUAGAAGUUGCGAUAGUCCUUUCUUCCUUAUUGCGUCGUAUAUCUGAGUGAAAUGGCUUCUUGAACAAGAAAAAAAUAUAGGGCGGGACUUGAUUUUGUCUAUCGGGAAUUUAUCGGAUUGUUGGUUCAUUGUUGUUUGCUAUUGGUCGAUCUCGUGUGAGUGACAGGUUGUCCCCCCUCACGCCAGUAAACACGUCAUUGCAAGAGGGAGGGUAAGUUAUUUUGAUUAAAGAUUACGAGGGCACAUGAAUUAAAAAAAGAAAGAAAAUAAUGAAAUGCAAGGAUAAAUCAUUUUAAUAAAUACUGCAAAAUUCAAUAAAAAAUAAGAAUGUCAAUUUUGAUUUCAUGGUGACAUUAAAAUACAUGAAGAAUGGUGAUGAUAACGCUAGCUAAAGAACUACUGAAUUUACCUUUAAUUACAAAUACUAUUGGUAGAACAAUCUGAAAAAAAUAAAAAUAAAAAAUGAACAUCAUGUAAUUGUAACAAUCGUGUUUAGUUUCAUUUUCCUUGUCCGUUUUGCCUGAGUUGUCAUUUCAUUGUUUCAUUGUUCGUUGCUAUGGUUUCUGAUUAGUUACACACCUGUUCCUUGUUCUGUUGAUUGUCAUCUCUGUGUAUAUAAACCCUCAGUUUUGUCAGUUCUCUGUUUGAUGUUGUUAAUGGUAAAUAGUUACUCUCUGUGUUCAUUUAAUUCUCUGUAUUCCUCAAGUCAGCUUUAUUUAUGUAGCACUUUUUACAAUGCAGAUUGUGUCACAGCAGCUUUACAGUGAUAAGCAGGAAACAUAAUUUUGGCUGUACAGCAGCUGUAGAAGAAAAUAGUGUCAUUGUCCAGUUCAGUUCAGUUCGCACACAAUGCAGGCAGAUCAGUAAUAUUGUUGAAUAUUACUGAUCUCCCUACCCCUAAACCUACCCAUCACAGGUGGUGUCCCCGACUAAGUGUCCCCGACUAAGUAAGCAAGAGGCGACAGCGGCAAGGAACCCAAACUCCAACAGGUGACAAAAUGGAGAAAAAAAAAAACCUUGGGAGAAACCAAGCUCAGUUGGGGGGCCAGUUCUCCUCUGGCCAACAAACGAACACUGUAUGAUUAUGAUUCAGGCAUCAUUACAGGUCAGAAGUCAGAUUGGAUCAGAACAUUCAAAUGAUUUAAUCCAGUUCCAUCUGGAUGAAGAUCGGAUUCAUCACGCUGGUUCCUCUUUCAUUCUGCGUCACACUCUUUAUUGGAUUUAUUUAAACAUUUUUAUUAUAUUGCUGGUGCUGUUGUUUUAAAAAAGGGAAACCAUUGGUGUCAAAUCAAUAACUGCACAAAGUCAGUACAAAAUUAGUAUACACAUACCCAAGAUAAGCUAGUAAGUGUUACUGCGCAGCUAAAAUAGUGACCAUUUCCAUUCUUCCCAAAAUAGAAUGUGAACGAGUGAGACUUGUGUGCAGUCAGGUGACGCUGUAGGGCUUCAUGCAAUCACACAAGUUUUUUCUAACAGGGUCAUGUUCAGAGUCAAUAUCACGCAAGACAAAAGUGGCUGGAGGCCUCGUAUCAUUUUACAUUGCAAUGGACAGGUGCUGGUACUACAUCACAGGUCUAUUAUAUGACUCAUAAUACUUUAAAGAGGAUGGUCUGGGAUCAGGACAGUGGGAGAUGUAGGUUACUAUUGUUUGUGAAAUAUGAACAGUGCAAUAAACUUGUCCAUCCUUAGAACAUCAACUGAUUGAGCAUAACUAAUGUGAGGGUGAAUGCAAGGCGACCUUGAAAACUCAUGUUAUGGUUACUGAAGCUAAUUCAGUGGCAAAUAAUACAUAUAAAGUGGUCAUAUCAUAAUUUGUUGAAAGUUAGUUCCCAAAACCACUGUUUUUAAUGGCCAUUUUUUAUCUCAAUUUUCUCUGCUAUAGUAUGAUCUGUGGCUAUGCUGUUAGGAUUAAAAUAGUUUGCCCCAUUCCUUCUAUUACUGUAUCACAUUAUGACAGAUUAAUAAAACAAUUCUUGCUGAAAUGUGUUGCAUAAUUGGUUAGUCAGAUUGUGUUAUUUUAGUAAUUGAGCUAGAUAUUGUUUUUAUUCAUAAUUUGAAUUA